AUGGAAGAAAGAGAGCUCUCUGAUGCCAACAACACCUAUCAACUUGUCCCUAUUCCUAUCAUGCCUCCUCCUCAGGUAGUCAAUGAAGAUUGGUACAUGCCAAACAACAACAACAACAACAACAACACUGUUACUACUAUCCAAAAUCAACCUCCGGAUUCAGAUUCAGAUACAAGGGACAUGAACUUCUUUCACCAAGAUAACAACAACAGCAACUCUUUCUUCCAUCCCUCUUCUUUCCCUUCAUCCAUGUCGUUCAUCACCAACCUUCACUACCCUCAUCAGGCCACUCCAAAACCCAUGUUUUCUUCUCUUCUAAGUGGCAUGAUGAUCCCUAGCAACACCACCAAUAACCCUUUGUUUGAUCAAAAUGGUGGAAAUAAUAAUAGUUGCCAACAGGUGAUGGGGUUUCUUGAACCUCAAGCUUUCGCUACCUCUCCAUCAAACGCAGAUGCUACUCUCUUGGGGGGUUUAGGCUUUCCAACAAGUUUGAACAACUCAUCAUCAGACCCCAAUAAUAAUAGCUUAUCAGCAACCAUGAGCUGUGUAAUCCCACAAGAACAUGAAGAAGAAGAUAAACCGCCCAAUAAGUUUGCCCUCUUUGAGGGUUUUCACAAUAACAUUGAGAAUAAUACUGGUAGUAGUGCGGUGCACAACCAACAAUAA